ACUACUCGAGAGGCGGCCGAGCGGAGCAGACGCCAUGGAUCGCGAGUGGGGCUCCAAGCCCGGCAGCGGCGGCGCCGCCACCGCCCAGAAUGAGGCCAUCGACCGGCGGGAGCGCCUCCGCCGCCUCGCCAUGGAGACCAUCGACCUCGCCAAGGACCCCUACUUCAUGCGCAACCAUCUCGGCAGCUACGAGUGCAAACUCUGCCUGACGCUGCACAACAACGAGGGGAACUACCUGGCGCACACGCAGGGGAAGCGGCACCAGACCAACCUCGCCAAGCGCGCCGCCCGCGAGGCCAAGGACGCGCCCGCGCAGCCCCAGCCGAACAAGCGCAAGGUCGGGCCCCGCAAGUCUGUUAAGAUUGGCAGACCUGGGUAUACAGUAACUAAACAGUAUGAUCCUGACACGAAGCAACACUCAUUUCUUUUCGAGAUUGAGUACCAAGAAAUCGAAGAUAAUAGCAAGCCAAGGCACCGUUUCAUGGCGUCAUAUGAACAGAAAAUCCAAUCUUGGGACAAGAAUUUUCAAUAUCUACUUUUCGCGGCAGAUCCAUACGAAACCAUUGGCUUUAAGAUACCAAGCACAGAGAUUGACAAAUCAACAGACAAGUUUUUCUCAUAUUGGGAUCCAGACAAGAAGUCGUACAUUAUGCAACUAUACUUCAAGCCAAGACUACCGGAGGCUAACAGGCAACCAGCUGCUCCUGGGACUGUCCCAAAUGGGACAGAAGGCCCUCCUGGUGCUCCUCCAAGGCCACCGCCCCAUCCACAAGCUCCACCGCCACCUCCACCGCAUGCACCUAUGGGGAUGCCCCAUAGGAUCCCACCACCACCAAUGAAUGGCUUUCAACCUCCACCACCUCCACCUCCGAUUGCAAAUGGUCCUCCGCGAUCAAUACCACCUCCACCUCCUUCUGGUGGUGCAAUGGCUAACUUCACUCCUGGGGCGCCUCCGCCACGCCCUCCGAUGCAAGGCUUUCCUGGGCCUCAGCAGUAGGUGAUCAGAGUGGCAGCAACAAUCAGGCUACAAAUUUUGAACACUUGCUUUAUCUGAACCGGCUUGUUGCCAUAUGCACCAACAUUGUUUUCUGAGACUUUAUUGUACUGUAAGCUGUUACAUUGUUCAAUUGUGUUUUCAAGCAAAACAUUCAAUCAGCUUAUGUGUUGUUA